CAACAGGGAGUAGUGUCGCGUUAAUCUCUAUCGAUUUGAUCAAAGUUAAUCUGUGGUCUUUUAACGGUGUCACAGUAAGAUCUGUAAAUAAUUGCAGGUAAAUUAUAUUUCUUUACUUUCUUGUAACAGGUAAACACCGAUAGAUUUUAAACAUUCAAUCAUGCAUGGUAACUAAGUGUGGUUUGUUAUGACAAAUGUACCGUGUGUACGUAGUAAACAUAUCCAUACAGGAGAUAUGAAUGGAGUUGUGAAAUCCUAGUAUCUGAAAUCCAUACGGAGACAAAAGGGAAUACAGCCGGUGUCAACUGCCUAGGGAAUGAAUUCCGAUUCCAUAUUUCAUCAAUGUUUCUCACAACAGGGGCUACAUAAAUCACAAAGUGAUUGUUCACUAGAAUUCAAGACACUAAGACGAAAUGACAGUUUUUUUAAACCAAAAGAUAAGGAAAAGGAGAAGAUAAGGAGACAUCUCCCUAUUGGAACAGGAGACUAUUCUGUAGGAUGCCUGGAUAUUAUGUGUGAUCAUUCUGAAAAGGGAUCUUUCUUCCGGUUGUAUUACCCUAUUGAAAAGACAGAUAUAUACAAACGUGACAAGCAGUGGCCAUUGUGGUUGCCAAGGAAACAGUAUGGAAAUGGAUAUGCAUAUUUUAUCCGACGCUCCAAGUCGGUGCUUGGGAAAAUGUUUAAUUGGAUGGGAGGUGAUGUGUAUGUACCUGCACUGUGGCAGCACUAUCCCCUCCCUGGUAAACAGUACCCAGUGGUGAUAUUUUCUCAUGGUAUUGGUGGUAACAGAACAUGCAACACCACCGUCUGCUGUGAACUGGCUUCUCAGGGUUAUAUUGUGGCAGCUGUUGAACACAGGGAUGGUUCAGCAUCCAUGACCUUUCAACUCAAAGAGGACAUCAAAAGUACAGUGAAUGUAUCCAAUAGUAACAGUAGUCAGAUGCACAGAACACGUAGUUAUACAGAAGAAUGGAUGCCAUUUGAUUUUUCACCUCCUCGAUGGGACGAUUAUGAAAGUAGAAACAAACAGGUGUAUACAAGGGCUGAAGAAUGUACACGAGCACUGAAUGUAUUAACGGAUCUCGAUAAUGGAGUAACAAUACUUAAUCAACUUGGUGGAAAUUUUAAUCUUAAACUGUUUAAAAAUUUAUUUGAUCUGUCAAGAGUAUCACUUGUUGGGCAUUCAUUUGGUGGUUCUACCACUGUAUGUGCUCUAUCAAAAGACACACGAUUCAAAGUUGGAGUUAUGAUGGAUGGGUGGAUGCAUCCUCUCAAUGAAGAAAUGUAUAACAACAUUACCCAGCCUGUACUGAUGAUUAAUAUGGAGACAUUUCAAUGGCAAGAAAAUGUGGAUCAAAUGCAGCGUCUCCAACAAGAUCCCAAGGUCCAAAGACCUAUGAUUACAAUUAAAGGAACCUGCCAUCAAAGUGUUACUGACUUUCAAUUUUUAGUAAAAAAACAAAUUGGUAUGUUUAUGGAUGUUCGACACACGUUGUCUCCAAAAAUUGCAAUAGAUGUCUCAAAUAAAGCUACACUAGGAUUUCUUAGGAAGCACCUUGGCCAAAAAGGGGAUACUUAUGAUAGUAUCAUAGCUGGUGAAAAUGAACAUACUGUGUUGGGUCCAAUCAUUGCACGAGAAAGACCAGCUUGAGGACUCCAGUACCGGCAAAGGACUUCAAUCCAUAGAGAAAUCAGCAACACAUGAUCUCAUUUACUUGGCAUUCAUUUCUCAAUCAAUGCAAGAGUUAAGAAAUGUAACAAGAUUCAGUCCUAUUUAUACUGUUUUUGUUAAAUACUACAACUUGUACAUUCCUUCUUUUGAAAUGAAAUGCAAAUUACAUGUACUUAUUGUCCUAUCACCAUGAAGGUAGAUUAAGGAUGUACGGCAUUUCCAACUAUUCUCUUGUGACACCUAUCUUGUCCAAUGCAUGAGAAUUUUGUGUGUAAAACGUAACCAGAAAGAUUAUCACUCAUCAAUCCACAAAUUUGUUCCUUCUUGAUGUUGAUACUUUCUAUGUAGCAUAGACAAACUGUGAUCUCUCCUUUAAUAGAGGAAGCUAUAGUACAGACGUGGCAUUCUGAUGGUAUUGAUAGUGCAAUUAUUCUCCCAUACUUGUCACACCAAAAUCCAAAGAAAAACAGUUGUAUUUGUUUAAGUCUAAGGGAUAUAAUUACACAAGAUAAUGGAAUGGAGACCAGAACCUGAUUAAUCAAGAUAUUAUUUUAGUCCCAAUGAUAUAUUUUCAUGUACAUUCUGAUUAAGAAAAAAUGUUGAUUGUACAAAUUCUAAUAACUAGACUUAUACAUAUAUUUAUGGAUAAACCGGAAACCAGAUCAAUGCUGAACUAACCUAUAUAACAAGAAAGUGAGUCUAAUAUAUUGACUUACUCAAGAAAAAUAAACUUUGCUUGUAGGGGACUUAAAAAGUAUCUCAACUGAUUCAAUAAUUACAGCAAAAAUUUAAAAGAUAUGACUGUUAAUUAAAAAGAAGUGAUUACAUGCAGGAUUUUUCAAUAACAAAUCUGGGAAUUGGUCAAAUAAGUUCUAGCUUUCAAAAUUUCUGAACCCUUAAUUGUAGUAUAAUAGAAACACAUAAAAGCAUGAUGGCAGAGUAUAUCUUAAUGUUUCUAGUAAUAAAUUACAAGUGGCUAGCAAUUCUACCUUUUUCUGAAAAGAGAUAUAUUUUUUUAAAAUAUCUAUAUAUUUGCUUGAUUGAAAUAUUUCUUCAUAUAUACAACUGUUUAGAUAUAAAAUUUGUCUUUGAGUUUAAGGCCCCACAUGCAUCCUUCUGUAGAAACCUAAUGCCUUCAGUUAUUUGAUAUUGUUUCUGCACAGUGAAAUGAAGUUGUUUUGUGUUUGACCUUGAAAAUUCACCAUUUGCCUUAUUGCUUCCAGUUUAAACUAUGUUAUUAUUGUGGAAAUGACACAAUGGAUAAAGAAUAUUGUGAUAUUGUAAUGUUUAUUUUAUAUGCAGUUAACAUUGUAUUAAAUGACUAUGACAUAAAUGUGUUUAAAUGUGCUUUGUUAAAUAUACUUUGUUAAAUGUGCUAGCAAUUUUGUAUAUGUGAAUAUAUAUGUUUGCAUAUUUUUAUAAUUUUUUUUUUGCUCAGUGUAAAGUGCAAACUCUUAAAACCAUGCCAAGUGUCUUUCAUAUAAACUGUGAUAUUUUUGUCUUUUGUAAUAUGAUAUAUAUAUUUUUUAUCUGUACUUACAUGAAUUUUGUAUGUAUAUGAUUUAUGUGCAAACUAAAACAUGUAGCAUAAAUGUUUAAUUUUUCGUCAAUUUUAUGGUCCAUUCUCCAGUUUUAGAAACUGUCAAACUGUGGUGAGAGGUAUGAAGCAAGCUAAAAAUUUAAGAAAUAAAAUGAUGUUGUGUCUAUGUAAAGUAUACGGUAAACUGAAUUGUGAUAGUUAUGUCUAUAGUAGACUGGGUUCACUGUCAUGUUUUCUUUAGUGCAAUUUUUGUGGUGAUUGUUGAAGCAAAAUUGUGAGAUUAAUUAUUGUGAUUUGAGGACAUGCAGUAUGCAAACAAUACUAUCAACAUUUAAAAUGCUAGUUUUAUUUAUGAAAACCCUAUCCUAUUGCAGUAUUCACAUUGAUAAGAACAUAGCACAAAUUUCAGAAUUUGAAUAUUUAUUACAUCUGGCAUGUUAACAAUGUUCUAUUUUGUAGAUGAUAUUUUAUAAUAGUUACUAAAUAUGGUUCCUGUUUUGAUAUAUAAUAGAUAAAUAAGAUUUUUGUUAUAGGUUUAAACUUUUAAUGUCUUCUGUUUCUGUCUUCUGUUUUUAUGCUUAUUUUCACUGGAACAUUUUUAUCUUUUUUUUUAAUCUCAUAUUAUAGUAAUUAUUUCAUUCUUGUCCUAGAGUAUUUCUCUUACACUGGGGUCUUGUGAUGGAGUAUUUAUCUUAAAACCAGGAGUGCUUCAUAAAGUCUUGCAUAAGAGUGAUUCCAUAUUCUUGCCCUGGAGUGUAUUUCUUAUGUUGUGGCAUUUUUAUCAUAUAGUGGAGUAUCUAUUCAUGACUUUUAAAAUCAUAUGUUACCAGCUUGUUGUUAAUACUCUCUCAAUUAUUGCUAUGUGUUAAGUGUUCAAUCCAAUAUUUUUGUCAAAAUAUAUGCUGAUUAAAUGUUGGUGCUAAAUCUUUGUAUUGGUUUUUCAUGAAGUGAAGUAAAAUAAUUUAUAUUUUGCUAUUCACAAAUAAAUGAGAUAUUUUUUGUCUCACAUACAGUAUUGCUGUAGAUUUUCUAGACCGUAUCUCUUUGUGUUCUAUUCUCUGUUUUUACAUUAGUUUCCUUUGCAUUCUAAACAUUUAUGUACAUUUUACUGAAUGUUUAAAUAGUUUGACAUUAUUAAAUAUAUGUGAAAUUCAGCUGUGUGACACUCUAGAUAUUUUAUAUAGGAAAUUAUGACUUUUAUUUUCUUUUCAUCCAGAAAAACAUUUGAUAGCUUCUGGCAAAUUAUUAUUUUUGUGCAAGUGCCUUACCAUAAAAAAGAUUUUCCACAUUUUUUUUUUAAAUGUCUUCACAUUUCAGAUAAUUGAAUAAGUGUUACUUUUGCAAAAAAAAACUAGAUAGGAUCAUUAUCAUUUUUAAAAGUUCUUGUUCAGCAAACCAUGUUUUUUUCCACAUAUGUUUUCUAUACUAUACUAUAAUAUUUAAAAUAGAAAUCUAAAUAUAUAUUUCAAAAUACAUGUUAUUGUUAAUAUAUUUUGAACCAGAUUAACACCUAUUUCUUUCAACCUUUUAAUGUGUUUCAAAUGAAAAAUCCAGACACUAUUUUUUUUAUGCUUAAUAUUUAGAAUUUAUAAUUGUUUGUAAAUUAUAUUUAGAAUUUAUAAUUGUUUGUAAAUUAAAUGCAAGUACGACUGCACUAACCUAUCCUAAUUUAUCCAUAAUUUUGUAGCAUUUCACAUUUUUUUUCAAAACGGCAUUAAUGAAAAUGUAGUCAAUAAAAAUACCAGCAUUUAAACCUUUAAACUAAAAUGAAGAAAAUUUUGUGUCCAUUUCAUGUUUUUUUUAUAAACUAUUGAAACAAAAUAAUCUAGAUUAACUGUAUAGUUUAUACUAGUAAAUAUUUUUGACACAAGAUUUUUAACAUUUUGUUAUACAAGACAUUUCUUUUUGUAAGAAUGGGAUUUAUCGCUAUUUUGUGCAUUUUUCUUUUGAUCUUUUUUUUGUGAUAAUUUUCAUAUCAUGCUUCUUGCUUGAGAUGGAAAAAUUAUCCCUAGAAACUAAGCAGACACGUAGGGUUGCUAACGAAAUUGACAUGAAAUUGACAACGUCGUCAUAGGUGAAAUAGCGAUAAAUAGAUUAUCAUUGGUCAUCUCAACUCGAUUGCUUUUCUCACUUUCGCUGUACCAGCUCAAGCGAGAAAAUCAAUCUCAUUGAGAUGACCAACAAUAAUCUAUAAAGAUUGGAGUAAGUAUAGUCAGAUAAGAAAAUCUUUUAACUUUAUUUUUUUUGGAUAAACUUAGACAUCAAUCAAUCCACUUAGAUAUAAUUUGAUCUGAGACAACAAAAUUUAAUUUAAUUUUAAACCUCUAUGUGACAAUGCAAAGACAAUAACCAUUUUCACAUCCAAAUAAGAUUGUCAUAUCCAACAAAGAUUGUCAUAUCCAACACUCUAUUGGUCAAUAGUUAACAAGAAGCCAUCAACUGUUUCAGGAUUUUAUGUCUAUUUUUACCGAGUAAAAUUCCAUAGGGAACCAUUUAUAAUUUUUUUCUAGUCCAGUGCUUUUAGAUGCCAUAUGAAAAUAGAUUAAUACCGGUAAUAAAAUGUGAGUAAAUGACUUAAGCCUGAACUGAAAAUGUGAUUCACUUUUAUGAUAUGAAGGCCUUCACUGAAAAUAGUAUUCACUAAAAAAUACACUUGACGGUGAUAUGAUUCUCUCAUAGAAUGAAGUAGUGACUUAAUAUUUACCAUGUUAAUACUUAACCCCUAAAAUGAAAUCAGAAAUAGAUCUAUUCAUGUCUUCAAUAUGUGAUAUUUUUCACUGUUUAUAACUCAUGUAGUUAAUCAAUGAAAAAAUAAGCAUGAAGCUUGCUUCAGUAUUUACUAACAUAUUAGCGAUGACUCAUGUACUAUAGAAGGGUAACUUUACAGUUUUAUACUUCAUUAAACCAUUUCUUGGUUGUUUUUAUUAGUUUUUUGUUUCUUUGUUUCUUUUACAAUUAGAAUACUUUAUAAAACGAAUUGUUUUGUUACUAUAUUUUUUAUGUUGCACAUGUACUAUAGAAGUUUUUUUUGACGUCACUACAAAUAACCCAUUAUGUAUGUGUAAUAUUGUAUGACCAUGGAAAUAGUAAGCCAUCCUUGUUAUAUGUAAUUGGUAUUUUACUUUAAAGCACUUAUUUUGUAUAACAUCAUUCCCAUUUAGAAUUUGUAUUUGAUUUUUACCUUGCACAAUUAUAUUUUAACCUUUGAUCCUUAUUAAAAUAUUUAUAGCUGCAAAAUCACAAAUAAAUUUGGAUUUUGAUAUUUAUAUAUAUACACCCACAAACAUGGACAGAUGUAUAAAUUCGAGUUUCCAUGACAACUCUUAGAGACCAGCUGAUUUAUUUAGCUUGAAACAUCUAAAACUAACAUAAACUUUCAACAAGAUACUAUUCUGAAAGGGAGACUAAUCUUGUAAUUUAUAGAACAUUUGUAAGGAGGAAUACAAUAUUUCCAUGGUUCAAGAUUUAAACUGUAUAACAGGGUUAGUAAUUUACUUGUGUAAUUUUCAAGAAAAUGGUCUUUUCAUUGUGUGUGAAUGAGGAACUAAAUUACUGUUAUAUUUUUUUACCGCAAUAAAAAUUAUAUUUGCAGGGAUAAAUACAGCAUUUUAUACACAUUAUAUAUAAUAUUAGAUUCUAAUGAAAAAUCAAAAACAAUAAAAGAAAUAUUCAAAUCCAGCUCUGUUUAGUUAUGUUGAUAAUUUUUUAUACAGAAAGUGAAAUGGAAGGAAACAAAAUUCUAAGUUUGUACGGUUAAAUAUCGGUUUAGAAAUAUCAUAUCUAUAAAGGUUUGAAAUUGAAAAGCUUCAUUUGAAUAGUUUUAUUGUUUAUCUGCCAACUUUUUAAUUAUUUAAGUAUAAUGUGAAUUAGCGAGUACAGGUAUAACAUAAUCACACUGUGAUUGGGAAAUAUUAUUAUUAGGCUACAAUUGAUUAAGUAUAUUAGACCAAUUGUAGCCAACUGUUAGCAUUGCAUUGUGCACAUUCCAGAUUUUUUAACUAUUUUUGCAAUAAAAUUAAAUUAAACUAAUAGAA